AUGGACACACCAAAACACUAUGCCGCUGAAUCCCCGGCAAUCUUUGUCGAUGAGCCUUUAACAGGGUACACAAUGAAAGCUGCGGAACAAGAAUUGGGUAUCUCCAUCCAUGAGGACUCACGUGAUCGCAUCCCUGUGAUCGGUCCACUCUCGACUGAUUCGUUUAUUUCCAAGACUGGAAGAGCAGUCGGACGACCUGCCACUCGUUCUACCACCAGCCACACCAAUGGAGCUUAUUAUGUCCACCGCGGUAAAAAGAUAUUCAAGCGCUUUGAUGACAUGGAAGAUGAGGCCGAGGAUGAAGAUGACCUUGGCCUUUUCGCCAACCGCCCUGACCUGCUGGCCGAUAACCCUGAUAUUCUCAAGAGCGUAAAGCCUUUGAAGCGUGGCGAAAUCAAACCUCGUCUCCUCUUUUCUCCUCCCGUUCAGCCUACCGAUGGUGACGAGGAGGAAGUCACCGAUGUCGAAGAUCACGAGCCAAUGUCUCCAACUCCGGCUUACGAAGAUCAAGCAUGUCUGACUGCUUCCACCUUGCCAGAUCCAUCUAUCCCCUCAUUUGAAUCCGAAGACUUGUCUGUCGUUCGCUCUUCCCCCGCUGGACGUGCUGGCCUUCGUUUCCCUCGCCCUGCUGUAGGCGAUGUGUCACCUUCCCAACCCUCUUCUUUCUCUGAGGACCUAAGUUUCGGCGAUUCCGCCGAGGACCAGACUCGGUCACGAGGUCUCUCUGUCAGCAGUGGCAGCGGUCUCCUGAAGUACUGGCCGUCUGUCAGCAGGAAGACACGGGAGGUUGAGGCCGGCAGCGACCGUGUGAAGCGCCUCCGCGAGGCCCGUGGUAGUCCUGCCCCACGCACCCGACAUGCCCUGCGAGCAGAAGGUUCAGGAGAGGCUUCGGCUGCUGGGCCAUCUACGUCCGAUUCCUAG